CUACCAUGCUGCACGCCUCGAGAAUGUUUGUCCACAAGACCGUUAAUAUUUCUGGUAAUAUGUUACUGUUUUCACGGCGCAUGUUCCACCUUAGAAAUUGGGAUGUUAAAAUUGGACAUGUUUCUAGAUCGAUGUCUGUUAACACUCGCGGCCGGCAAAAACAAAGUUUUAGAAACCACUCUGAGGUGGAGGUAAAUGCACGACCCCAGAUAAAGAAGCGAGGCACGAACGAAAACAAGACACGUUUCUAUAGGGCAGCAGGUAAGCCUGCUACCAGUGGGAGUAAUGAUAACUUCAGUCAGCAUACAGACGAAGAUAUUGCUAAUUCAGAUAUGUUUGGGAUAGAGGCUUUCCAGCGAGAUAUGUUGUAUUUGCCAAAAACUCCGAACAUUCAGAAGGACGACAUGGACAGCGUGAAGCGUGAUUCGAUAACCCCCAAGAAACCUGCAUAUGCGGAAAAAGUUAUGGUUGCCCCAUUUGGCAUGAUACGCUUUGAUAGUGACAAUAAACUCAGUCGACAUGGUGAGCUGGACGUUCAUGAUGCCAUGCUGCACAUGCAAAGUGAAGUGCCUAUAGAAGAAAUGGAAGACGCCCAAAUCUUUGACAGGCCUGUCAGAGAUUUAUCAGUAUCAGCAAAAGAGGAAGAAAAUGUCAAAAGUUUAAGCAGCUCAGUCCUAUCAAAAUCAGUGCAAAAUGUGGGAUAUGUAAAACAUCCAGAUAACCUUCAAAGUGUACAUUUUCAAGAAAUAGAAAUGCAUCUCCCAAAAAUAGAUAAAAAAUCAAAGAAAAUUACUAAUACUGUUGUUACUGAUUCUAUUGAUGACAUAGACACUAAAGUGAAAAGUUACAUAAACAGUAACUGGCAGUUGGAAAAACCUCAUUUUGGCGAGCCUAAAACAACACAAAGUGACUUCAGGCUGAGUGAUAAGGAAAAUGAUAAUGAUGACCCGAAACCUGAGGAAAACAUCUUGCCCAAUUUCAAUUCACCAAAAGUAGAUGGUGAAAUGGGUUCACAUUCAUCUGAACCUGUACCUGUCACUAAAAAGGACAUUGAAACUUAUCAGUUAGCAGACAGCACUGAAGCCAGUAGUAAUGAGGUUGCACAGGAUUUGGAAGGACUGAGUUUCAUUGAUGAACAAUAUUUUGGUGAAAUAGGUUCACAUUCAUCUGAAUCUGUACCUGUCACUAAAAAGGACAUUGAAACUUAUCAGUCAGCAGACAGCACUGAAGCCAGGAGUAGUGAGGUUGCACAGGAUUUGGAAGGACUGAGUUUCAUUGAUGAGCAAUAUUUUGGUGAAAUAGGUUCACAUUCAUCUGAAUCUGUACCUGUCACUGAAAAGGACAUUGAAACUUAUCAGUCAGCAUACAGCACUGAAGCCAGGAGUAGUGAGGUUGCACAGGAUUUGGAAGGACUGAGUUUCAUUGAUGAGCAGUACUUUGAACCUUUUUACAACGAAUCACAAGCAAAAGAGAGAUAUUCUGAUAAUGAGUCAAUUCCAAAAUUCCUUAAAAAUAUGGAAACUCAACAGAUGCGUGGUAAGGAGAUCACCAACCAGUCUUCCCACAGUGAAGCAAUGGAAAGGAAACUGUCUGGUCAUCCAUCUACAAUUGACCAUGAUGACCCCUCGGAAAGGAGGCCUCGUCAGAGUGGACAUCACAGGACUGAUGGAAAAGAGCAUGGUGGUUCAGGUUCAUCAAGCCAAGAUUUUGAAUCAGAAAAAUCAACUGGAAGGCGCCCAAGAAAUGUCACUAAACAAGAGGAACGGAAUAAGCAGGCAGAUUCUUUCAAUAUUGAUGAUCCACAGACUGCAUAUGAUAUGGCUAUGAAGGUCAGGAUACAGAAGAAGGGCCUGAAAAAGAUAGAAGAAGAUGGACAGGUCUUUAUUGGUAAAGUAGACAGCAUGGGAUACAGAAUAUUGAAAGACAUUGUCCCAAAUUGGAAACAUAUACCAAAAGAGGUGGCUGCAAAAAUGUUGGUGGAUGAAAUAAUAUAUGAUGAGAAUGAUAUUAUUGCCAUAAACAAGCCAUAUGGACUUCCAGUUCAUGGUGGUCCUGGUGUACCAAUGUCUGUUGGCCAGCUGUUGCCAGAAGUGGUCCAGGUACUACAGAAGAGAAGACAUCAGGUGGAGAGGCUCCAUCUCGCUCACAGAGUGGCUCAGUAUGAAACUGGGGUCUUGCUUCUUGCAAAAACCAGAGAAAUGACAGAAAAAAUACAGGCAGCAGUUUUAAGAGGUGACAUGAUAAAAAAGUACUGGGCAAUAACCAAGGGAGUGCCAGUUAUACCAAAAGCUACAGUAGACAUCCCGAUGGCAAUGGCAAAGAUCAAAAUACAGGGCAAGUCGAUAGAAAAAAUGACCCUUAUCCCUGAUUACACUGAGGAAACCAAAUUGGUGAUGAGAAAGCGUCGUAAAGACGUACUUGAGGCAGUCACAAAGUAUAAGGUCUUAGAUGAUAAUGGAAAGUGUGCAUUGGUGGAAUGCCUGCCAAUGACAGGUGUGAAAGACCAACUACGCUGUCACUUAGCUCUUGGUGUAAGCACAGCAAUAUUAGGAGAUCACAAGUACUCUCAUUUUACAAAAUUAGCACCUCAGCGACUCCACCAUGAAACCCUGGAAAUGUUGGGCAUCCGUCAGCAGAAGGUCCGCCAUGUUCCAAUGCACCUCCACUGCAAGUCUGUUCUCCUACCAGAGUUUGAGGCUGGCCGGAACAUAGCUAUAUCAGCUAGAUUGCCCAAACAUUUUUUAAUAUCACUAAGAAGACUGAAGCUCAACAGCAAGAGGCGUAGUAGAUAGGAGUAAUAUCAGCAAAAGUACUGUAUGGAAAAAUACUGUUAACUAAGACCAAUUCAUAAUAAACUUGUGCCAGACAUUUGAACUUACAUCGUUGCUUUUGUCAUCGAUUUCUUUGGCAAGUAAAUGUUGCUUUAAUGGCAUUGUCCUGAAUAUUAGCAAAAACAAGAUGGCUACAAUAAUCACAAUAAUCUUUAUUCACAACAGAAAUUACAAUAAUUUCCAGUUUAAAACUAGUCAACAAAUAAUAAAUUAGUCACAACAGAAAAAUCUGCUGCUGCAGAGUAAUCUUCCCUUCCUGGACCAUCACAUGUAUACUAGGACAGAAUUGAAAUGAAAUAAAUAAUAUCUUUAACAAGAAAGGUGAAACCAGUGCAACCUUUUUGGCCUCACUGACAAACGGGUUUCUUUUGCAUGUGUACUUUUUUUACCACAAUAUGAAUCUAGUCACCCUCUACAAUAUGAAACCCAAUGAGCAAGUCCAUGACCAAGGAAAUAAAAUGCCAUAAAACCAUCAUAAAAAUCUUCUCCACUAUAACUUAUCGAUAAAACCAUAAGGACCCUCUUAUUACCAAGUUGUACAGAAAAAAAAAAAAAAAAAAAAAAAAAA